AUGAGCAUCGAGGAGUUUCGUAGUCGUAGAGGCUAUAUCAAGGGGAAGCUCACACGCAUAAGGAGCUAUGUCGACGAAGUAGCGAACAAAAGAAUCGUUCCUACGCGCGAGGAUCUGUCGGUGCGUCUCGAGAAGCUAGACGCAGCUGACAAGGAAUUUCAAUGUGUCGCAGAGAAAAUAAUCGAGGUGAGUCAAGAGCACGUAUUAUCAAUUGAUGAUGUAGCAGAACAAGAAAAGUUUGAAGGUCGAUACUACGAAAUCAAGGCCACGCUAAUCAGAUGGAUCGAACAGCUUCAAACACAGACAACAAGCAACGAUAGCAGAAAUCCAAGCACGCUAGAACGAGUAAUUGAGCAGCAGGCAGAGAUGUUACGUCAAUUCGCUGUACUACGAACGGACGGUCAAUCUUCGACAACGAAUAUCAAGUCUCGUGUGAAGUUACCGGUCAUAAAAUUGCCAACUUUCGACGGCAAGGUCGAAGAGUGGAAACAUUUCUCUGAUUCGUUCAAGACAUUGAUUCACGACAGUGAAUUGUCAAGGGUACAAAAGCAUCAAUAUUUAGUGAGUGCGCUCUCAGGAAGUGCGGCAAAGGCAAUCGAAGCGAUCGAGAUCUCCGAACAGAAUUACGAGGUCGCAUGGAACCUCUUGAGAGACCGUUUCGACAACGACAAGACGUUACACAGACGUCAUAUUCAAUGCCUCUUCGAGAUGCCACGAGUGGACAAAGAAUCAGCUACCGCAAUUCAGAAUUUGAUCGACCACACUCAGAAGCAUCUGAGGAUCCUGAAGGGUUUACAAUUACCCACCGACGCGUGGGACGAGCUAAUCUUAUUCAUGAUGGAAGACAAACUCGACAAGGUGACACGACGUCACUGGGAGGAAUCCAUCGAGGCCAAGGACAAGACAUCGGUCGACAUGAUGAUGAGCUUUCUUCAACGAAGGUGUCAACUACUCGAGAGGAUGACGACGACCAAUGUUCAUGUCAAGGAAUCCAGCUCUCAGCUCAAGGCGAAAUCGGUUACCACCAAUGAAACCUCAUCAAGGAAAAGCAGUCAAGGCAGCAAGCCAGUCACACUCGUAGCAACCGCCCAUAUCAGUGGGAAGUGCUACGUGUGCAAUGGAUCUCAUCUCAUCUACUCUUGUGAGAAAUUUCUGAAGAUGAGUGUGGACGAACGGAUGGCUGAAGUCAAGCGUUUAAAACUCUGCACCAAUUGUUUGAAAAACGAUCACUUCGUCAAAUCAUGCCGAGCGAGCUCUUGCAGGGAGUGUUCAGGGCGACAUAACACAUUAUGUCACAAGCAGGCCGGUGGACAACCUCUCACCUCAAGCAAGGACAUCUCAACCAGUGAGGCCAGCCAGCCGAGUACCGUAGGGGAAGAUCCAGCAGUUCACCACGUUUCAAAAUCGAAACCCGCUAAGUAUACUUUGUUGUCGACGGCAAUUGUAAACACAACGCAUGCGAACGGUUCAAUCCAACAACUGCGAGUACUGUUAGAUAGUGCAAGCGAGGCUAAUUUCAUCACAAGGUCAGCAUGCAACAGAUUGGGAUCAAUCUCAUUCGAAUUUAAUGAAUCAAUUUCCGAGUUGAAUGACAUGUCAUGUAAAAUCAGUCAAUUUAGUCAUAUUACAAUUAAUUCCCGCGUGUCAACUUGUCAGAUAACUGCUCAAUGUCUCGUUAUACCGAAGAUAACAAAGGAUCUGCCUGGAGUGAUGAUCGAUGUCAAAUCACUUGCAAUUCCCAGUACAAUUAAGUUAGCCGAUCCACAAUUUUCCAAUCCAGGCCAGAUUGACAUGUUGUUGGGCGGAGAAUUCUUCCUACAAUUACUUGAUCAAGGAAAGAUUGACCUGGGGACGAAUUUGCCAAGCCUGCAGAAUACUAAAUUCGGGUGGAUCAUUUCAGGUCCAAUUCCACUGAAUGUAAAUACAAGUCGAUUGAUGAGUCUGCCGACUAUCACUGCCCUGACUUGUCUUUAUGAUCAAGGAGAAAACGUGAACGAUCAAUUAACAAGGUUCUGGGAGAUUGACGAGUGUAAGGACAGCAGUCACUCACAUCUGUCCAACGAGGAACGACAGUGCGAGAAUUUGUUUCAAGCAACCACGUCACGUGAUCAGAACGGCAGAUUCAUCGUUCGACUUCCUUUUCGCGAGAACAAGGCUCUAUUGGGAGAAUCACGAACGAUUGCCGAGAAACGUCUAAUUCAUCUCGAGCGUAAAUUGAAGGCCAACGAGCGAUUUCGCGAAUCCUAUGUCGCGUUCAUGAGCGAAUACAUUAAAUUGGGACAUAUGUCUGCCGUGUCAUCAAAUUGCGAACAAACUCAUUUCAAUAUCUAUCUGCCGCAUCACGGUGUGGUUCAAGAAUCUCAGGGUGAUUCAAAAUUGCGAGUCGUUCUUGACGCGUCCGCAAAAACUAGUUCAGGCGUGUCAUUAAAUGAAACUCUGAUGAUAGGCGCGACGUUACAGGACGAUCUGUUUGACAUUGUUUUAAGAUUUCGACUAAGCUCAAUUGUCUUAACUGCCGAUAUUCAAAAAAUGUACCGACAGAUCGAGGUAGACGAGAAAGAUCGAGACUUUCAAAGAAUUCUAUGGCGCUUCUCGCCUGACGAUCCCAUUCAAGAAUAUCAAUUAAAUACGGUUACGUACGGAGAGUCAUGCGCUCCAUUCUUAGCAAUUCGAUGCGUUAGACAAUUAGCAAUUGAGGAAUCUAAGCAUUACGAACAAGCUUCUCACGUUUUACUUCGAGACCUGUACGUUGAUGACAUUCUGACGGGAGUCAACAGUCUAUCAGACGCAAAACUAUUAAUCGAGCAACUUCAAGAUUUACUUAGCAAGGGACAAUUUCGUUUGCACAAAUGGAAGUUCAGUCGCGCAGAGCUGGCUUCUUUCGUCGAGAAAUCAGGUGACUCAGUGGAGGUCCGCGUACCUGUAGCCGAAAAUAAAUCCGUGAAAACUCUGGGGCUUGAAUGGGAUCCGACAAGCGACACGUUUCAAUUCAAUACGCAAGCGAACGUUCAAGUCAAGACGAAAAGAGAAUUGCUAUCAGCAAUUUCCAAAUUGUUCGAUCCACUCGGGAUAAUAAGUCCAAUUGUGGUGCGUGCAAAAAUGCUCAUGCAGGAGACAUGGCAAGCAGAUCUUGGAUGGGACGACGAACUCCCAGACAGGAUUCGAAACGCAUGGGACAAUUAUACAUAUACAAGAUUUAAGAGAUUCGAACACCAUACGGAAAGGGCGUACGGCGCGUGCGUUUAUAUUCAAACCGUGAACGAUGCGAACGAAUUCCAUUCAAUGCUGCUAUGUGCCAAAUCGCGAGUGGCACCUGUCAAGAAAAUUACGAUUCCGAAAUUAGAACUUUGCGGGGCAACAUUAUUAGUUAACAUAGUAGACUCAGUACGAAAUGCGCUACUGAUCGAGUUCAAUUCUGUCCGCGCAUGGACUGACUCAACAAUAGUUCUUGCAUGGAUAUCGGGGGAUGUAAGUCGACAAAAAACCUUCGUAGCCAAUCGCGUCACUCGAAUACCUUCGAGCUUGUCCUCUUCCCAUUGGCGUCAUGUGCGAGGGGAGAAAAAUCCCGCGGACCUCGUGUCGCGAGGAACAAAGCUCGGGGAUUUGAAGGACAAUUCACUCUGGUGGUCGGGCCCUUCAUGGUUGUCUGAUUUCGCCGAGUAUACAACGGUUGACGAUGCAAAUACGGGUCUAUCCGAACGGGAGUUGAAUAUGAUCCAAGCUGAAUUGAAACCUGAGCGGCAAGUCUUCGUCGCUGCCACGAGGGAAUCAACGGCUAAUCAGCUUAUCGUCAAACACAUUCAGCGAACGUACUUCGCUAGAGAAAUUGCUGAUUUGAGGUCUCAAGGUCAAGUUCAUCAGAAGAAUCGACUGCUAUGCCUACUGCCAUUCCUAGAUCAAACAGGAUUACUCAGGGUGGGCGGCAGACUCGAAAAUUCAUCACUUGAUUACAAUGGGAAGCAUCCCAUUCUUCUUCCAGGAACCGAUCGUUUCUCUAAACUUUUGAUCGAGAGAGAACAUCAUCGUCUAACACACGCCGGUCCUCAGGCAUUAUUGUAUUCAAUUCGCCAGCAAUACUGGCCACUUAGAGGACGGAAUCUCACCCGUCAAGUAGUUCACGAGUGCGUGCGAUGCUUUCGCAGUAAACCAGAGCACGCGACGCAAAUCAUAGGACAAUUGCCGCCAGAUCGAGUCAAACCGCAACGGACAUUUUUCGUUUCCGGCGUCGAUUUCGCCGGGCCUAUCACCACUCUGGUGAGCAAGGGUCGAGGAAGGAAGACCAAUAAGUCAUACAUCGCCUUGUUCAUUUGUUUUUCAACAAAGGCCAUUCAUCUUGAGGUUGUUAGCGAUCUGUCAGCCGCGUCUUUCAUCGCUGCAAUGCGUCGGUUUGUUGGACGACGAGGCUGUCCUCAAAAAUUGUUUUGCGAUAACGCAACCAAUUUCCAUGGUGCCAAGACCGAAUUGAGAAAGAUUUACGAAGCACUCCAAGGAGAAUAUCGCGAUUCAAUAGUUGAAUUUUGCAAUUUAAGGCAGAUCACGUGGAGCUUCAUUCCACCGUCCUCCCCGCACAUGGGAGGCCUGUGGGAAGCUGGUGUGCGAUCAUGUAAAUUUCAUUUGAAAAGAGUCAUCGGACUCAACCUACUUACUUUCGAGAAGCUCAAUACAGCGUUGAUCCAAGUCGAAGCGUGUUUAAACUCGCGACCGCUAUGCAGUUUACCAGCAACCCCACUAGAUUUGCAACCAUUAACGCCUGGGCAUUUCUUGAUAGGCGAGCCAAUCACAAUCCUGCCUGAUGUCGAUGUGACAGAUGUAGCUAUGAACAGACUAAGCAGAUGGCAACUCGUUCAACGCAUCACGCAAGACUUCUGGAGACGAUGGCAGCGUGAAUACCUUACGUCACUGCAAGCAAGCACAAAAUGGACUCGCAAUCGGCCAACCCUGGCCAUCGGAGAUAUUGUCAUUGUAUGCGAGUCCAAUUCUCCUCCUCUACAAUGGAAGUUGGGCAAGGUCGUGGAUCUUCACCCUGGGAAGGACGAUCGAAUUCGUGUCGUGACCGUCAAAACCGCUUCUGGUACGAUUAAACGACCCGUGGUAAAGCUUUGUAGACUUCCAUCCUCCGAUGCGAAUCAAAUUAAUCAAAUUAAUCAAGAUUAA